AUGGCCUUUGCAAAUCCCACUUUGUUUAAUUCUGAUGCUCCUGCUCAGUUUAAGCCAUUUGAACCCGUUGGAACAAUGCGCAAGCGCUUUGGAACUGACACUAAGGUCAUGAUUGCAAUUGGGGGCUGGGGGGAUACCUCUGGGUUCUCUGAGGGAGCGAAAGAUGAAGCAUCCCGCACACGUUAUGCGCGCAAUGUUGCUGAAAUGAUUAACACCUUGGGCUUUGAUGGCGUCGAUAUUGAUUGGGAGUACCCUGGUGGUAACGGAAAAGAUUACAAGAAAAUACCCGACAGCCAGAGGACUGGAGAAAUUGAGACCUACCCUCUAUUUUUGAAAGCUAUCCGUCAAGCCAUUGGUCCAAACAAGAUACUCUCAAUUGCUGUUCCUGGUAAAUGCACCGAUAUGGUUGGUUUCACUAAGGAGCAAGGUCCUAAGAUCUGGCCCUCUGUGGACAUGGUGAAUAUUAUGUCUUAUGACCUCAUGAACCGCCGUGAUAAAGUCACAAAGCACCACACAAGUGUUAUGGGCUCACUUAACACUGUUAACGCAUAUGAAGGGAUUGGUCUGGAUCCUACUAAAAUUAACCUAGGCUUCGCUUACUAUGCUAAGUGGUUUAUGACAGAUCCUAAUUCAGACUGUCAUAAUCGCCCACUUGGAUGUGCAGUAGUGGCUUUGGAGAAUCCAGAUGGUACAGAUGCAGGUACAUCUGGGGUAUUAACCUUUGAGAAGAGCACCAUGGCGCCUGCACCGGAUAACCUGAAAUCUUCCACAGAUGGAGCCUGUGGGUUUAGUAAGGGGACUAAGUGUCCAGCAGGUUUAUGCUGUAGCCAGUACGGCUAUUGUGGCAGUGAUGAGAACUUCUGCCAAGCUGGUUGUCUGUCUGAUUAUGGUGAAUGCAAAGGUAUUUCGGUCACAGACUCAUGGCGUCGCGCGUGCAAGAAUGGCAAGACAGAUGAGCAGGCUGGUGGACAGUACUACUGGGAUAACCAGGCCAACCUCUUCUGGACUUGGGACACGCCUGCUAUUAUUAAGCGCAAGUUCAAGGAUAUUGUGGAUGUGGAAAAUCUCGGUGGGGUGAUGGCCUGGAGUCUGGGUGAGGAUACCCUGAACUGGGAGCAUUUGAAGGCCAUGCAGGAGGGUGUGAAAGGGAUCGCGUGUCAUUGA